AUGACUUCUACGCAGUUUAAUCUUGAUCAUGAUCCUUGGCUUAUUCAGAUGUUGGACUCAGCAGAUUUGCCACAGAUGCCGCCCAAUGUUUCGUUGAACUGGACCGGCACUGAAUUAACCCCCCAACCAGCAGACACGUGGUCGUGGCAGCUCCAACACAAUGUUGAUGGCAGAAGUAACUUAAACGGCAGCUCGUCUGGGCCGGUCUCAACAUCCCGGGCCGCAGAUCGAGCCCCUGAUUCAGAUCAACUUCAAAGGAAUCUGUUUGAUGAGGAUGGCGAUGAAUACAGUGUCCGACGAAGGGAGAAAAACCGCAUGGCACAAAAGGCCUUCCGACAACGGAAAGAGCAGUAUGUUAAAACAUUAGAACGGAAAUUUAACGAAUUGGAAUCAAAAUCGAAUUCCCUAGAAGAAGAAAACCGUCGUCUCAAGGCCGAGUUGGCAUCACUGCUUCCGGUUCAGCAUCAACCUGGUCGUGAUGUGUUGCGCGAUAGCUUGCUUGACGAGCCAAAUCAGGACAGUCCCCUGAGCGAGGGGACUUUGAAUUCUGACGGCCGCAAUUAUAUACGAAUCAGCGAGGGCGCGCGUGCAAAACUGGUAGAUUCCGACAAUACCUGCCAGAUGAUCAGUACCGUGUGGGAGUUGAUUCAGUCUAAUGAUCUUUUUGAGCAGCGUGAGGUUGAUUUUGUACGUGUGUACGAACAGCUGCGGGAGAUAGCUGGCGCUCAGAAGCAACAUUUUAACCUGGAGGAUGGAAUUCAGAAAAUAUUUGAAAAUGCGUUUCCCAAGGAGGACAGUUUGUUAUAG